UGCUUCUGUGUGUUAAUUAAACUGUUAUUGAAAACUUGUAACUGAAUUUUCCAACAAGUGAAUUUCUCUUAGUGUGUGUGUGAUUAAAACAACAAUAUUAAGAACUGAUAAUCAAUUGAAUUGUGAAUUUAGAAAACAACACACACAGCGAACAUUUUUAAUAACUGCAACGAAAAUCGUAUAAUGGCACCAAUAACCACUGACAAUUACGAAUUAGAAUGUGCAACUGCAACUGUUGAUAAUAAUACCAUCAACAACGAACAUUUUGAGCAUUUUGUGGAACGUGUGGAGGAAGGUGUGGAACGUGACUUCGAAGAAGAAGAAUCUGGAAACGCAGUCAAUGAAUCGCAUUUACUGAGUGCCGAGCACGAUGAUGACAAUGAAGAAAAGGAUAAGCAAAUGCCUUGGGAGGCACCCCGAGCACAGGGACUGUACGAUCCCCAGAACGAGCACGAGGCCUGUGGCGUCGGCUUCAUUGUCAAUAUCGAUGGCAAGCGCUCUCACAAGAUUCUACGUGAUGCCCAGACCCUGUCAGAACGGAUGAAUCAUCGCGGUGCUUGCGCCUGUGACAAUGACACUGGCGAUGGCGCUGGCGUUUUGGCUUCCAUUCCCCACGGGCUCUAUGCCAAGGCUCUUGCCGCACAAGGUGUGACCUUGCCGGAGCUGGGCCACUAUGCCACAGGCAUUUUCUAUCUGGAUAACGCAACGCAUGCGGCUGCUGAGUCCGAAUUCGAUGAGUUGGCCAAAAGUCUGGGUCUGGAAGUAAUUGGCUGGCGCACCGUUCCAGCCAAUCAGAAUGCCAUUGGCACAGUGGCAUUAAAAUCUGAGCCAUUGUCCCGUCAGGUUUUCGUAGGCCGUGCGGCCGGCACCGAUGAGAAGGACUUCCAGCGUCAGGUGUUUGUGCUGCGUAAACGCGCCAGCCAUGAAUUGGCUCGUCAGGGCCGUCGUUUCUACAUCUGUUCGUUGUCAGAUCGCACCGUGGUCUACAAGGGUCUCUUUACAUCCGAUCAAUUGUGGGACUAUUACACCGAUCUACAGAAUCCGGAAUUCGAGACCUAUCUGGCUUUGGUCCACACGCGCUUCUCUACCAACACCUUUCCAUCAUGGGAACGCGCCCAUCCACUACGUGUGCUGGCACACAAUGGUGAGAUUAACACGCUGCGCGGCAAUGUUAAUCUAAUGAAGGCUCGUGAGGGAGUGAUGCAGUCGGAACUAUUUGGGGAGGACCUGAAGAAGCUCUACCCCGUGGUGGAGCCCAAUCUAUCUGAUUCUGGCUCGUUCGACUGCGUGCUGGAGUUCAUCACGAUGGCUAGCGAUCGCACGCUGCCUGAAUCGGUAAUGACUAUGGUGCCCGAGGCUUGGCAGAAUGACAAGACGAUGCCUCAGGAGAAGCGCGAUUUCUAUCAGUGGGCUGCAUGCGUCAUGGAGCCUUGGGACGGCCCGGCAUUGAUCUCCUUCACAGAUGGUCGUUACAUUGGCGCCGUACUAGAUCGCAAUGGGCUGCGUCCUUCGCGCUUCUACAUAACCAAGGAGAACGUGCUGGUCAUGGCCUCCGAAGUGGGCGUGUAUGAUGUGGAUCCAUCGCAAGUUACUCUAAAAAGUCGCCUCAAGCCGGGUCGUAUGUUGCUCGUGGAUACAAAGGAAAAGAAGUUUAUUCAGGACAUUGAGCUGAAGUCGAAGAUUGCCAAAUCGCGUCCCCACUCGGACUGGUUGCAGCAGAAGAUGAUAACGCUGGAUGAGAUACGCAAUGCAAAUGUCCUGAACACACCUGCUGAGGAUGUGCCACAGUUGCCGGCCUCACAGCGUGGCAUUUUCGAUCCACGUCUCUCGCUCUUCGGUUAUACCACGGAGACUGUCAGUAUGCUGCUCAUUCCGAUGUUCAAGAACAAAAAAGAAGCGUUGGGCUCGAUGGGUAACGAUGCUCCUCUGGCAUGCCUGUCCGCAUUUCAGCCCGUGGUCUAUGAGUACUUCAAGCAGCUGUUCGCACAGGUCACCAAUCCGCCUAUUGAUCCAUUCCGCGAGAAGGUCGUCAUGUCCAUGCAGUGUCCGGUCGGACCCGAAGCCAAUCUAUUGCAGCCUUCGGCUCAGCAGGUGCAUCGCAUUUGGCUGCCCAAUCCCAUAUUGAGCAUUCCAGAUACCAAUCUGCUAAAGCGCAACACGCACCGCGGAUGGAAGACCAAGGUCUUGGACUUAACAUUCCAAUACAGCGAAGGUGUAAGCGGCUACAUCGAGUGCAUUGACCGGAUAUGUCGCGAGGGUGUAGCUGCGGCCAAUGCUGGCUACCAGUUGCUUGUGGUGUCCGAUCGACGGGUUGGCAGUGGUGGUCGCGCUGCCGUAUCGGCUCUGCUGGCUCUGGGUGCGCUACAUCACCAUCUCAUCGAAACUCUGCAACGCAUGAAAGUUGGCAUUAUUGUGGAGACGGCUGAGGCGCGAGAGGUUCAUCACGUAUGCGUUCUGCUGGGCUACGGUGCCGAUGCCAUCUGUCCGUAUCUGGCCUUCGAACUGGCCCAAGCGCUGCGAGACGAUGGAGUAAUUGACAGCGACGUCACUAAUAAGCAGAUUUAUGCCGCUUACGCUCAAGCUAUCGACACUGGCAUAGCCAAAGUCAUGGCUAAGAUGGGCAUCAGCACAUUGCAGUCGUAUAAGAGCGCGCAGAUCUUCGAGGCUGUAGGUCUGGGUGGGGAACUAAUCAACAAAUGUUUCCGUGGCACACAGAGUCGCAUUGGUGGAGUUACUCUGGAAAUACUCGCCAAGGAGGGCCUGGAGCGCUUCCAGCUCUCGUAUGGUAAGGUAUCGCCAGAUACUCGCAUCCUACGCAAUCCUGGCCAAUAUCAUUGGCGUCAUGGUGGCGAGGCACACAUCAACGAGCCCUCUUCCAUUGGAAGCCUGCAAGAGGCAGCAGUUAAUAAGAACCUUAACGCCUUCGAGGCUUUCAAAAAGACCACUCUGGAUAGUGUAAAGAAGUGCGCACUACGUGGACAGCUGGAGUUCGUAACUGAUCGCCAGAAAAUUGAUCUGUCCGAAGUUGAACCGGCCAGUGAGAUUGUUAAGCGUUUCGCAACUGGAGCCAUGAGCUUUGGCAGCAUCUCACUCGAGGCUCACCAGACUUUGGCCAUUACGAUGAAUCGCAUUGGUGGCAAGAGCAACACCGGAGAGGGCGGCGAGGAUUCUGAUCGCUACCUGAAUCAAGUGCCAGAGCACAGCCGGCGCUCCGCCAUCAAGCAAGUAGCUUCUGGGCGCUUUGGUGUAACGGCUUCGUAUCUGGCUAAUGCAGAUGAUUUGCAAAUCAAAAUGGCGCAAGGUGCCAAGCCAGGCGAAGGCGGCGAGUUGCCGGGCUAUAAGGUAACAAAAGACAUAGCCAAAACGCGUAAAUCCGUACCAGGAGUGGGUCUGAUCUCGCCACCACCACAUCACGAUAUCUACUCCAUCGAGGAUUUGGCUGAGCUUAUAUAUGAUUUGAAGUGCUCGAAUCCUAAUGCACGUAUCAGCGUCAAGCUUGUAUCCGAAGUAGGUGUUGGCGUGGUGGCAUCCGGGGUUGCCAAGGGCAAGGCUGAGCACAUUGUCAUUUCUGGCCACGAUGGUGGCACCGGUGCCAGCUCCUGGACAGGCAUUAAGAGCGCAGGUCUACCCUGGGAAUUGGGUAUCGCUGAAACACAUCAAGUACUUGUCUUAAAUAAUCUGCGGUCAAGAGUGGUUGUGCAAGCGGACGGACAACUCCGCACCGGCUUCGAUGUGGUUGUUGCCGCACUACUGGGUGCGGAUGAAUUUGGUUUCAGCACAGCCCCGCUGAUUGUCAUGGGAUGCACCAUGAUGCGCAAAUGUCAUUUAAAUACUUGCCCCGUUGGUAUUGCCACCCAGGAUCCUGUUUUACGCAAAAAGUUCACCGGCAAACCCGAGCACGUUAUCAAUUUCUUCUUCAUGCUCGCCGAAGAUAUUCGCCAAAUCAUGGCCAAUCUAGGUAUUCGCAAGUUCCAGGAUCUUAUUGGUCGUACCGAUCUUUUGCGCAUCACCAGUCAACGUGGCAGCAAAGCCGGAACCCUAGACCUGAAGCUGUUACUUCAGAAUGCCCUGGAGCUAAGGCCAGGCACCAACAUAGUCGGCGGCUCUGUAAAGCAGGACUUCCAGUUGGAGAAGCGUUCCGACAACCUGCUUAUAGCCAAGGCCCAGCAAAUUUUUAAUGGCACCGAUGAUAAUGUAUCCAUCAAGAUGCAUAUACAUAAUGAGGAGCGCGCUUUUGGUUCCACACUGAGCUAUCACAUUGCUUGUAAAUAUGGUGAAGCCGGAUUACCUGCUGACAAGAGCAUAGACAUCUACUUGGAGGGAUCGGCCGGACAGAGCUUCUGUGCGUUUUUGGCGCGCGGUGUAAACGUUACACUGAAGGGAGACGCCAACGACUAUGUGGGCAAGGGAUUGUGUGGUGGUAAUGUGGUUAUUUCGCCACCAGACAGCUCACCUUUCGAGUCCCACCUGAACGUCAUUGUGGGCAACGUUUGUCUAUAUGGCGCUACCGAGGGUACGGCCUAUUUUCGAGGUAUUGCCGCUGAACGCUUUUGUGUGCGCAACUCGGGCGUCACAGCCGUCGUGGAAGGCGUUGGCGAUCACGGAUGCGAGUACAUGACCGGUGGAUUGGUAUUGAUCCUUGGCUUGACAGGUCGCAACUUCGCUGCGGGCAUGUCUGGCGGCAUCGCCUAUGUCUACGAUAUCGAUGGCUCCUUCAAGCCCAAGGUCAAUGCCGAGUCCGUUGAGUUGUUGCCGCUUCAGCUUGAGCAGGAUGUGGAUAAAGUUAAGGAAUUGCUUCGCGACUUUAUUGAGAAGACUGGCUCCAAGGUUGCCAAGGAUAUACUUAACAAUUGGUCGGAAUCUCAAGCGAAGUUCGUCAAAGUAUUCCCAUACGAAUACCAGAAGGCACUGAAAGAUAUGGAAGAGCAGCAAACAAAUACCGCGCUGGUCAAACAGCCUAUCAAGAGCAUUGAGAAUGGUAACGGCAAGCACGAGCCCCACAUCAAGGACAUCGAAGAGGCCAUACAAGACAUUGCAUUGGAGCAGAAGCGUGCCGAUCGUGUGUUGGACAAGACACGCGGUUUUGUAAAAUACAAGCGCGAAGCGGCACCUUACCGUGACGCAGAGCAGCGCCAACAAGAUUGGGAUGAAGUCUAUAACUUCCCACAUGUGCGCAAGAAUCUGAAGGUGCAGGCAGCUCGUUGCAUGGAAUGCGGAGUACCAUUCUGCCAAUCUAACUCCACCGGUUGUCCAUUGGGAAAUAUAAUUCCCAAGUGGAAUGAUUUGGUAUUCCACGGCGAGUGGAAAGAGGCACUGCGCCAGCUGCUACAGACGAACAAUUUCCCCGAGUUUACGGGUCGGGUGUGCCCUGCCCCCUGCGAGGGCUCCUGUGUUCUGGGUAUUUCGGAACCGGCUGUGACCAUUAAAAACAUCGAGUGCGCCAUCAUAGACUAUGCUUUUGAACAGGGCUGGAUCAAGCCCGAAAUACCGGAGGUACGCAGUGGCAAGCGUGUGGCCAUUGUAGGAUCUGGUCCCUCUGGUCUGGCGUCGGCUCAACAGCUGAAUCGCGCCGGCCACUUAGUGACAGUUUUCGAGCGCAAUGAUCGCGUGGGAGGUCUGCUCCAAUACGGUAUACCGACAAUGAAGCUGUCCAAGGAUGUAGUAAAGCGUCGUGUCGAUUUAAUGGCUGAAGAGGGUAUAGAAUUCCGCACCAAUGUGCAUGUCGGCAAAGAUUUGAAGGCAGAUCAGUUGCUAAGCGAAUACGACGCAGUGCUGCUAACGACGGGAUCGACUUGGCCACGUGAUCUUCCGCUAGCCAACCGCGAUUUACAGGGCAUACACUUUGCGAUGGAGUUCCUUGAAGCACAGCAGAAGAAGCAAUUGGGCGGAAAGAAGGAGAUCAUUUCGGCCGCAGGCAAGGAUGUGAUUAUAAUUGGUGGCGGAGAUACGGGCUGCGAUUGCAUUGCAACCUCAUUGCGUCAGGGCGCCAAGAGUAUUACCACUUUUGAGAUUCUGCCAGAACCACCGCAGAAGCGAGCCGAUGACAACCCAUGGCCGCAAUGGCCGAAAGUAUUCCGCGUCGACUAUGGACAUGAGGAGGUGCGUGUGAAAUUUGGAAAGGAUCCCCGGCAGUAUUGCACCACAACCAAAGAGUUUAUUGGCGAGAACGGUCACAUUAAGGGCGUCCAAACCAUUCAAGUUGAAUGGACAAAGACAGAGACUGGCCAAUGGCGCAUGCAAGAGGUGGCUGGCUCAGAGAAAUACUUUGCAGCCGACCUAAUACUGUUGGCUAUGGGCUUCCUGGGACCAGAGAAGACUGUGCCCAAUGAAUUGGGCCUCGAGCUCGACCCUCGCGGCAAUAUUAAAGCCUGUAAUGGUAAUUACGGCACUUCCAAUUCGAAGAUCUUUGCAGCAGGAGAUUGCCGUCGCGGUCAGUCACUUGUCGUCUGGGCCAUCACCGAAGGUCGUCAGGCAGCGAGACAAGUGGAUGCCUAUCUAACUGGAAAACCCAGCGGUCUGCCGGGCCCAGGUGGUGUGGUUGACCCAUCGUGCAAAGGUUAAACACUUUCCGUGGCUCUGCCCGAUGUCCCUGUCUUGUGAGCGUCUGCAUCAUCGUCUAAUAAUAGAGAAAUUCGUUUGUUUUCUACAGAAAACCAAUUUGAAAUUUGUGAUUUUUAUUUUUCGCGAUUUUAGUUUAGUGUACACUUAAAAGACUUUCGUUUUUACACCAUUAAAUACGUUUAUAUUUA